ACAGCUGGAUUAGUGCUAGGAAAGCAGGUGAUUCUUUUGCUGCCCUAUGAGAUAACACCUCCUCCUACAAUGGCCGAGGAUGGACAAGAGCUGGGACUAUCACAAGGCAGCAAGCAGCAAAGACCUCCCUAGAAAAGAAGAAACAGUUGGUGACUGGUGCCAUCCCAGAGUAAGUGACUCGCUGCUAAAGUUGGGCAUACAUGUGUCUAUACUGGCUGUCACACCAUCUGUCUCCUGGCUUCAGAGAUGUCUGAGUGAAGACCCCAUGUACAUCAAGUUCAGCAGCUGCUUGGGUACCAAAGGGACGCAGUAUGAAACCAACAGCUUGGACUUCAAAGUCGGGGCGGAUGGGACAGUCUUCGCCACCCGGAAGCUGAAGAUCCCCUCAGAGCAGGUGGCCUUCACUGUGACUGCGCGGGAACGCCAGACUGCUGAGCAGUGGGACGCCAUGGUGCGGCUGCUGGUAGCCCAGACUUCAUCCCCACACUCUGGACACAAGAAAGGAAAGACAGCGGCCCUGGACCCCUCUCAGUCCCCGAAGGACACACUGCUGCCGUGGCCCCAGCACCAGAGCUCUGGAGGACUGAGGAGGCAGAAGCGUGACUGGGUCAUCCCGCCCAUCAACGUGCCGGAGAACUCCCGUGGGCCCUUCCCCCAGCAGCUCGUCAGGAUCAGAUCUGACAAGGACAAUGACAUUCCCAUCCGGUACAGCAUCACGGGUGUGGGAGCCGACCAGCCCCCUAUGGAGGUCUUCAGCAUUGACUCCAUGUCUGGCAGGAUGUAUGUCACCCGGCCCAUGGACCGAGAGGAAAGAGCCUCUUACCAUCUCCGAGCCCAUGCGGUGGACAUGAACGGCAACAAGGUGGAGAAUCCUAUUGAUCUGUAUAUUUAUGUCAUCGACAUGAAUGACAACCGUCCCGACUUCAUCAACCAGGUCUACAACGGCUCUGUGGAUGAGGGCUCCAAGCCAGGCACAUACGUGAUGACCGUGACAGCCAACGACGCAGACGACAGCACUACGGCCAACGGCAUGGUGCGGUACCGGAUUGUCACCCAGACACCCCAGAGCCCCUCCCAGAACAUGUUCACCAUCAACAGUGAAACUGGGGACAUCGUGACAGUGGCAGCAGGCCUGGACCGGGAGAAAGUCCAGCAGUACACGGUCAUCGUCCAGGCCACUGACAUGGAAGGAAACCUUAACUAUGGUCUCUCGAACACAGCCACUGCCAUCAUCACAGUGACAGACGUAAAUGACAACCCUCCGGAAUUCACCACGAGCACAUUUGCAGGAGAAGUCCCUGAGAAUCGUGUGGAGACAGUAGUAGCCAAUCUCACGGUACUGGACCGAGAUCAGCCCCACUCACCCAACUGGAACGCAGUCUACCGAAUCAUCAGUGGGGACCCCUCGGGGCACUUCAUUGUCCGCACAGACCCCGUCACCAAUGAGGGCAUGGUCACCGUGGUGAAGGCAGUGGACUACGAGCUGAACCGCGCCUUCAUGCUGACUGUAAUGGUGUCCAACCAGGCGCCCCUGGCCAGCGGGAUCCAGAUGUCUUUCCAGUCCACAGCAGGGGUGACCAUCUCUGUCACUGAUGUCAACGAGGCCCCCUACUUUCCCUCCAACCACAAACUGAUCCGCCUGGAAGAGGGUGUGCCCACCGGCACUGCGCUUACCACUUUUUCCGCGGUGGACCCUGACCGGUUCAUGCAGCAAGCUGUGAGGUACUCAAAGCUGUCUGAUCCCGCCAACUGGCUGCACAUCAACACAUCCAAUGGGCAGAUCACCACGGCCGCAGUCCUAGACCGAGAGUCACUGUACACCAAGAACAAUGUAUACGAGGCCACCUUCCUGGCUGCUGACAAUGGGAUCCCCCCAGCCAGUGGCACUGGGACCCUGCAGAUCUACCUCAUUGACAUCAAUGACAAUGCACCACAGCUGCUGCCCAAGGAGGCGCAGAUCUGCGAGAGGCCAGGCCUCAACGCCAUCAACAUCACUGCAGCCGAUGCCGACAUGGACCCCAACAUCGGCCCCUACGUCUUUGAGUUGCCUUUCAUCCCCACUACAGUGAGGAAGAACUGGACCAUCACCCGCCUAAACGGUGACUACGCCCAGCUCAGUUUGCGCAUUCUGUACCUGGAGGCAGGGAUGUAUGACGUCCCCAUCAUUGUCACGGACUCUGGAAACCCUCCCCUGUCCAACACGUCCAUCAUAAAAGUCAAGGUGUGCCCGUGUGACGAGAAUGGUGACUGCACCACCAUCGGUGCCGUGGCUGCAGCCGGCCUGGGCACGGGCGCCAUCGUGGCUAUCCUCAUCUGCAUCGUGAUCCUGCUAAUCAUGGUCCUGUUGUUCGUUGUGUGGAUGAAGCGGAGGGAAAAGGAACGACACACAAAGCAGCUGCUCAUCGACCCUGAGGACGAUGUGCGUGACAACAUCCUGAAGUACGACGAGGAAGGAGGUGGCGAGGAGGACCAGGACUAUGACCUCAGCCAGCUACAACAGCCGGAAGCCAUGGAGCAUGUGCUGAGCAAGGCCCCUGGUGUGCGGCGGGUGGAUGAACGGCCAGUAGGUGCCGAGCCCCAGUACCCAGUCAGGCCUGUGGUGCCCCACCCAGGCGACAUCGGAGACUUCAUCAAUGAGGGACUUCGAGCUGCUGACAAUGACCCCACGGCACCCCCCUAUGACUCUCUGCUAGUCUUCGACUAUGAGGGCAGUGGUUCUACUGCAGGCUCCGUCAGUUCCCUGGACUCCUCCAGCUCCGGGGAUCAAGAUUACGACUACUUGAAUGACUGGGGGCCCCGGUUCAAGAAGCUGGCGGACAUGUAUGGGGGUGGCGAGGAGGACUAGCCAACCUCACCCCUCCCGCCAAAAUGAGGACACUCGAGGCCGAGCAGCGGGACUGAGCCAAGGCACCGGAUUUGUUCUGGUGUCAAGAGGUCCCUCCCCACUGCCAUCCCCCAAGUGGAACUGUGCAGUACGAACAUAGGCCACCAGGCGCCCACCACCACUGCGGCAUCUCAGUAGCCACGUACCGCAAAGGGAGAGCCAGAGGCACAGCCCUAACUUGAAUUUCU